CCGCAACGUCGGUAACGUCGCACCGUUUCCCAACUGUCGUCCCGUUUCGAGCAUUCUCUGGUGUUGAUCAAUGAAAAUUUCAUAGUCUUACAUCUUUACCGUUGCAAUCAUGGCGUCGGCAAUGUCGAAACGACAACAAGCCCGCAACGAGCGCGCGCUACAAGAUCUCAUUCGAACCGUACCCGGCAACGACAAGUGCGCCGACUGCGCCGCGAAGAAUCCGGGCUGGGCGUCAUGGAACCUAGGCAUCUUCUUGUGCAUGCGCUGUGGUGCGCUCCAUCGCAAACUAGGGACGCAUAUAUCGAAAGUCAAGAGCCUGAGCAUGGAUAGCUGGAGCACGGAGCAAGUGGACAACAUGAAGGCCGUUGGGAAUUUGGAGAGCAACAAGAAGUAUAAUCCACGAGGAGUGAGGCCAGACAUACCGAUUGAUGCAGACGAAGUGGAUACGGCGAUUGAGAAGUUCAUACGGCAGAAAUACGAGCAAAGAGCAUUCACAACCGCUGGCGCCGCUCCGUCAGCCGUGAGACAGCACACGGGCUCGACAGGUACGGGUUCAUGGAACGAGGAGCCACCUCCCUUACCGCCUAAGCCGGGUAAGCGAUUCGGCUUCAGUCUGCGAUCCGCCAGCUCUACUUUCCCAUCACGAGGGAAGCACGACCGCAACUAUACUCCUCCCCUUUCGCCUACCUUCAGCGGCGACGACCGAGACGCGCAGGAUGAUGUGCCGAGCCCGCGCGACGCGAAACCCAAUAAACCGAGUCAGAUGUUUGGUAUGAAGAUCACCAGCGUCAGCAACAAUUUCGAUGCGAAACUCGCGCAGUUGAGGGAUAUGGGGUUCAGCGACUCGAGACGGAACUCGGAUGUGCUGAAACAUGUGAAUGGCAACGUUGAUAGAGCGGUUGAAGCGUUGGUGCGGUUGGGUGAGGGGAGCAAUACGGCUUCGCGGACGCAGACGCCCGGGCCGAGGGUGCUAACGCCGGUCAGUAUGGGCAGUCAAGGUGUGAAUGGGAUUACUGUGGAGAAAACGCGGCACGCGGAGGCGAAGAAAGGGGUGGAUCCGUGGGAGAUCAGGGAGGAGACGCCUUCGCAGACACGAGCAACGACUCAGCCUUUACCAGAAGCACCGCCCCGGUCGCAGUCAGCGCAGCCUGCUACGAGCUCGUGGAAUCCGUUCCUAAGCCAGCUGGAACAGGCUCAACCCCAGCAGGCGCUGGCGAACAGCUUUCAGAACCUCCAGGUCUCGCAGACUGGACCCCCAACCCAACAGUAUAGUCAGCCUCAGCCGUUUGGCGCUCAGAUGCAGCAACAAGCGAGCACGAACCCGUGGGGUACGGCAGGCAUGUCAUUGAUGCCACAGCAGGCAGCGAGCGAUCCUACAUACGGCGUCGCGUACCCGCAGCAGGCUCAAGCGCCGCAGAUGAACAGCUCAGUAAAUCCGUUUCUGCAGCAACAAGCGCCGAUGCAGCAGUUCGCGGCAAGCAACCCUUGGGCUCCGCAAUCUGUUCAUCAGCAGCAACAGCCUGCGCCUGUGCAGCAGGCGUACGAUGCGUCUGGUGGACCGUGGCAGACAUACCAGCAGCCGCAGCAGGGCAGCGUCUUCGACCAAACCCAGCAGAGUAGCGUCUUCCAGCCGCCGACCACGCAAUCUCCGGCACAGUUGUACGGUCAACAACAGGGCGAGUACUUUGCCCAGCAAGCGCAACAACAGCAGCAACAACAGCAGCAGCAGCAACAGCCGCAGUCUCAACCAGCUCAGCACAAUCCAUGGCAAGCGCAAGCGCAGGGCCAAGUGCCACCGAACUUUGCACUCCCCUUCGCACACCAGCAGCAGGCCCAGAUGAUGCCUCAGAUGACCGGCAUGCCUCAACCUCAACCCCAACAGCAGCAGAUGUACCACCAACAACAACAACCGCCUAUCCACGAACAACCCUGGACCUACCACGAAGUCAACCCGCAAUCCUCACACUCCCAGCCGAUCCGCUACGACAAAUCUUCCAUCCUCGCGCUCUACGGCCACUCACAACCGCAACCGCAGCAGCGAGGGCUUCAGCCCGUAAUGGAAGACGGGACCGCGCAACAGCAGCAGCAGCAGAGAAGUGUGACGAUGCCCGUAUCAAUAUCGAUGCAGCAGCCCGUAAUCAAUAGCACUAACCCGUUCGGCAUGCAAGGUGCAGCGGCAAUGGCGCAGGGUUCGCGACAUGUCAGUAAUGAGAGCGCGGCGUUUGUGGGGUUUGCGGGGGAGGGAAGGCACAGUCCUGACGCGUUUGCCGGGUUGAGUGCGCGGUAUGCGCGAUGAUUGGGUGGGAAGGGAGGUGGGUUGGGAGGGUUCAUGUACGAUGGGCAUGGGCACGGUGGCGCUUUUUCUGGAAUGGCAUAGCGACGCGCGUGAUGGAGAGUGACUUUGAGAUGAAAGUUAUUUGGUUUGGUGUUGUGUACAUUUGAGAUAUUUGCAUAGCAGUGCGUGGCGUAGCGCGUGGCGAACUGCAUACGGUGGUUACAAGCUCGAUUUUAUCUCAUGGGCCAUAGCGAAGCACGUACGAUGCAA